AUGCGGGAGAGCGGGGACCCCAACCCACCGCCUGCCCCCUCCCGCGCAGCCGAAACCUCCAGCGGGACACUCAGCUGCCUGCCGUACCCCACGGAGGACAGACGUCCCGAAAAGCUGAGCGGUCGCGCGGUCAAGGAGGCCUCCACCACCAACGGCUGGGCGAAAGGGAAGGAGAGACGAGACCAUGCUCGCCGCAGGUCAUGCAGCCCCUCAUGCAAUGGGGAGCGUGCACCACCACCGGCCCGGGGGAAGAAGAAGAAGAAGAAAUCCAGCCGCAAGAAGCGAAGGAGGUCUCCCUCCUACAGCCCCUCACCUGUGAAGAAGAAGAAGAAGAAAAGCUCCAAGAAGCGAAAAAGAAACAGGUUAUCUUCAAAGAAGAGAAGACACAGCUCUCGCGGGCGCAGCCGGAAAUCUCAUCGCCAUCGCCACCGCCACUCUCGCUCAGAGAGCUCCGACUCCCACUCCCCCAGCUGCCGAAGCAGGCACAGAGCCAGGUCUCGGGAGGAAGGGCGUAAAACACGGCGAAGGCACUCCCGGCACCGUUCAAAGGUCACGGCAAAGCGAAGCUCCUCUGCAGAGGUUCAGGCCAGCCAAAAAGCCAGCCAAACCCUCCCGCUGUACAGCUUCGUGUCUCCUAAGGAAGUAAUCUCUCAGUCAGGGUCUUCUGCUGACCUCUUUACCAAAACAGACAGCCCGCCUGGCAACCUAGCCAGCCAGAACGGAGAGUAUCAUGAAUAUGACUCAGGAAACGAUACUUCCUCCCCUCCCUCCACUCAAACGAGCUCCUCCCGCUCAAAGGACAGCCAGGAGAAAAGAAGUCUAGUCCAUGAUGGCUUUGGCCAUGCCUUCUCGUCCGGGAAGCCCAAACUGGCCAACAGCGAUAACAGCUCUGAUUCAGGAAAUUCCUUCACCAGUUGCUUUUCCCAGACCAAGGGAACAGCUUUGGAAAAUCUGUCUCCAGAUGCCCAGGGACAAGACCGAAGAGGGUGCCUGUCCUUGUGUCUCAGCUGUUCGGAGGAGAAGAAGCGAAACUUCGUCCCAUCCCCAACCCGCAGCUCCUCGCUGAGGCCGUGCUCCCGCAGCGAGUCGUACACCAGCACGGGCAGGUCCUCCCCUGGCUCCAGCCGCUCCCGCUCCUCACACCGCAAGGCCUCUCCCAGGUACUCCCGAAGCAGGUCCUGCUCUUCGGGAAAGAGGUCUUCUUCACGUUCCCCCAGCUAUUCCUCCAAAUCCUGCAAAAAAAGUCCUGGGAGCAGGAGUUCAAGGCCUCGUCGGAGCCCCAGUUACUCCCGCUACAGCCCUAGCAGAGACCGUGAGCGAGAACACAAGUAUGGCUCCAGUGAGAAGGAGUCGCACAGGGAGCGUGAUCGGCAGCGGCGGCGGCAGUCGUAUUCACCCCUAAGGAAACGCAGGAGAGACUCUCCCAGCCACCUCGAAGCUCGGCGCAUCACGAGUGCCCGCAAACGCCCCAUCCCCUACUACCGUCCCAGUCCCUCUUCCUCCAGCAGCGCCAGCAGCUAUUCCUCCUGGUACAGCAGCGUUAGCGCGUCCCCGGGCAGGAGCCGCAGCCGGAGUUCGGGCCCCAGGAGCAGCCGCAGCAGGAGCAGGAGCUAUGACUCAGGAGGCACCUCCGACAGCCUGCGUCGCUAG